AUGUUAUCGACAACACUCACGCUCACUCUCGCUUUAUCAUCAUUAUCUUCCAUAUUCGCUCAGGGAGAUUUGACCGCAGCGAAUAACUUGACAGAUUUGGAAGGUACUUGGACAAGUAAUCCUGCUGUUUCAACUGGAGGUACAUUUUGUGUACCCGCAGAAAUGAGUUUUGAUUAUCCAAACAAUACAGGAAUGGCGUAUUCAUUCACAAAUACUGGGUUCUUUGAAGAAGCACAAUAUCGGUAUAACUCAAAUGCGUCAAACCCAUCGUGUAUUCAAGCUGUUUUGAUCUGGCAACAUGGUACAUACACAUUAGAAGAUGACGGUUCAAUCGUAUUGAAUCCUUUCGGUCCAGAUGGAAGAGUCCAAGUGCAAGAUCCAUGUGCUGCUACUACGAAUAUCAUCACUUACUACGACGAAACAACAACAUUCAGUGAUUGGGGAAUCAUCGUUGAUCCUGAUUCCGGAAACUAUCAAUUGAGAUUGAACAGAUUUGACGGUGCCAAAUUACCUUACAUGAACCUCGUUGCUAAACCACCAAACAUGCUUCCCACACAAGUAUUAACCGGUGUUAAUGCGUCUGGACAAACCAACACACGUAAACGAUCACUCACUUCUUCACCACUCGAUAUAUUAAAACGAUCAUCAGCUUCGACUCGAAUAUCACUCAGCCCAAACCAAAUGGUCGGCGUAGCAGGUGUAUUAGGAAGUGUGGUCAUCGCAGUGAUGGCUUUGAUCUAG